GGUUGGGGUUAAUCCCACCUCCUGCCUGCUCGCAUCACAAAAACGAAUGUUUCAUCGUCUCGUCUAGCAUGAACAUUCAGUAUAAACAGUGUGUCUCUAAUACAGGCCUGGUUCUGGCAACAGAAUAGAAACAGACGCGAUCCGUUGUAACACAGAUGGGAUGACAGGAAGAGCAGCUGCAACAGCUCGAUGGACAGAUGAGAAGCAGACUCACGGAUGGAGCACAAAGGAAUGGAUGGAGAAAAAAAACAAAACCCAACGUGAUCAUCAUGGCUGUGCGGGGGCGAGCAGGAGGCGAUGUAUUGAAGCAGCAUAGUGCAGGAUUCCCUCAGGUCUGCUAAUGGCAGUGAAAUGAGAUUGCUCCGGUUGUCGUGCGAUUACCAGGCUCGAUUAUGCGCCAGCCUCUGCAGUGACUGAACGCUUUUUCUUUUACCUGCUCGACGCCAGUUCAUGCUGAAAGACGAUGCCUGCACUCACGGGCUGUAGUCGGCAUUAAGAGGAAGCCGUGUUACCCCGACUGGUUACUCCCCCUGCUGACUGCUGGACUGGCUGUUUUUCUUGCAGCACCACGGACAGCGACAAUGACUCGGCUCCGCAGGAAAGCUCUGGUGGCACUUUUCCUCUUCACGCUCUUCAUUUUCGGGGCCAUGAUGGGGCUCAGGACGCUGAAACCCAGCGACGGCUUCUCGGACCUGGCCCCCGGCAUGGACUUCAUCGGGGAGAGAUCCGACAGGAGGCGGCUGGAUGUGAAAGACGUGGUGGUGUCGCCGGGCCAGUUCCACAUGGGCAGCAGCGACACUAAGGUGGUUUUUACCAAAUCGGACCGAGAUUACAGCAUCUUCUAUGAUGUUCACAUCUUCUACUACCUGUGGUACGGCUCUCCCAGCACGGACAGAAAGUACAUUCACUGGGAUCAUGUGCUGGUGCCACACUGGGACCCCAAGAUUGCAGCCAGCCAUGCCCAAGGAAGGCACACACCUCCGGAAGAUAUUGCCUCAAGUUUUUACCCUGAGCUGGGACCCUAUAGCUCCAGGGACCCAGCGGUGCUGGACUCACACAUGGCCCAGAUAGAGGCGGCGGCAGCAGGGGUGCUGGUGUUGUCCUGGUAUCCUCCCGGGGUGGCAGACGACCACGGGGAGCCCACCGAGGACCUGGUUCCUGCUGUCAUGGAUGCAGCCCACAGGCACAGCAUCAAGGUGGCCUUUCACAUACAGCCAUACAAAGGACGGACGGACCAGAGCAUGCAUGACAACAUCAGAUAUAUUAUUGACAAGUAUGGAAAGCAUGGCGCCUUCUACAGAUUCAGGUCCAGCACAGGGCAAGUCCUGCCUCUGUUUUAUGUCUAUGACUCCUACCUGACGCCACCAGAAUCCUGGGCAGAGCUUCUGACAACUAAAGGCUCCCACAGCAUCAGAGGCACGCCUUAUGACGGCGUUUUCGUUGCCCUCAUUGUUGAAGAGCGCCACAAACAUGACAUCCAAGCUAGCGGCUUUGAUGGCAUUUAUACCUAUUUUGCCUCCAACGGCUUCUCCUUUGGCUCAUCCCACCAGAACUGGAAAGCCAUCAAGGCCUUCUGCGAUGCAAACAAUCUGCUAUUUAUUCCCAGUGUUGGUCCAGGGUACGUGGACACAGCUGUUCGUCCAUGGAACAAUCAUAACACCAGGAACCGGGUUAAUGGACGUUACUAUGAGACAUCCUUGCAGGCAGCUUUAUCUGUCAGACCAGAAAUUGUCACCAUUACGUCCUUUAACCAAUGGCACGAAGGCACGCAGAUAGAGAAGGCUGUACCCAAGAAAACAGUGACCCGUUUGUACCUAGAUUACCAACCCAACCAACCAGACCACUACUUAGAGCUUACGCGCCAGUGGGCCGAGAACUUCAACAAGGAGAAGGACAAGUGGCUGAUGUGAACAUGGCUUUAUUUUCGUGGUAGACGCUCUGAGCAUGACCAGAAAUUACAUUAAGUCAGCUCCCACUGUUAAAAGACAACCCCUUUAUGUUCACCCACCUACCUGUUUUUCUCCAACUCUGAGCACUUCUGAUGAGAUUUUCCUUAAAUGUUCACUCUACCCUUACUGUUUUUAAUCACUAACAUUUUUUGUACAGGUUAAUAAUGUCACUGAUAUGUUGAAGCUACAAGGUCACGAUGAUGGACAGAUAAUCAUCGUUUCCUGAUAACAACUCUGUUGAGAAUCUGUUUGCGACAUCAAGAAAGUAUGGCUAUGUACAGUAACUCUGCUCUGUAGGGUGUUUUUCUUAUUUUCUUAUGAUGAAGGACUGUUCUUUCCUGUGUUUCUUUGAAGCCAAAUUAAAAUUUGUGUCUGUUUA